CUUCUUUCUUUCUAGGUCACGGUAAAACACACAGAGACGCGGCAAGUGUUCAAGCAACGCAUCCGAUCCCAGCUGCCUGUGGCUUGUAUUAUUUUGAAGUAAAAAUCGUUAGCAAAGGUCGAGAUGGCUACAUGGGAAUCGGUUUGUCGGCUCAGGGUGUUAACAUGAACAGAUUACCUGGAUGGGAUAAACAAUCGUACGGAUAUCAUGGUGACGAUGGUCAUUCCUUCUGUUCAUCUGGUACGGGCCAGCCGUAUGGUCCUACAUUCACGACUGGAGAUGUAAUUGGUUGUGGAGUUAAUCUCAUUGACAAUUCGUGCUUUUACACAAAAAACGGUCACAAUCUUGGCACUGCUUUCACAGAGCUACCUCCAAACCUCUAUCCGACAGUUGGACUUCAGACGCCAGGAGAAGUAGUCGACGCGAAUUUCGGACAGGAGCCUUUUGUUUUUGACAUUGAGGACAUGAUGAACGAACUACGAUCAAAAACUCGCCUUUCGAUUUACGAUUACCCCGUUUACGAGGACCAAGGUGAAUGGCAGGCGAUUUUAAACAAUAUUAUUUACAGAAUGGUUUCGACUUAUCUUGUUCAUCAUGGCUAUUGUAAUACAGCAGAAGCUUUCGCUCACAUCACUAAUCAACCUUUUAAUGAAGAUAUUGGAUCAAUAAAAAAUCGACAGAGGAUUUUAAAACUAGUUCUAGCAGGUAGAAUGGGAGAAGCAAUUGAAAGAACAAGUAGACUAUAUCCAGGCCUUUUAGAACAUAAUCAAAAUCUAUUGUUCAUGCUCAAAUGUCGUCAGUUUGUCGAGAUGGUCAACGGUUCAGACGUGGAAGUUUGCCCUAGACGAAAUAUCGGCGGCUUCUCGCCGUCAUAUAACUUAUCUCCUAGACCAAAUAGUCCAAUACAAACAUCUGUUAUACAAUCAACAAAAAAUUAUAGCAAUAAUAAAACAAAACCUACUGUAGAAGAACUUAAUCAAAAUAAUGCCGCCAUGAAUGGCAGCAGUAAUAUUCCUGUGAUACGAACCACAGACGAUAGCGAUGUAGAAAUGGACACUGCCGAAGAAAUACAAAAUGGCCACGCCGAUAAUUCGUGCAAUGGCAAACUCAUAACGAAUUCGAGUAAUGGGUAUCAAAAUGGAAAUGGUCAUAGUAAUAUAUGCUCAAAUGACCGUUUUGAGGAGGAAGACGAAGAAGAUAUGGAUGUUGAUACAGCAUUACGAAAAUCGUGUAAGCCGGCAGUGGAGCGAAUUCUUGAAUUUGGCAGGGAAUUGUAUAGCAUGAGUCAGCGACUUAAAGUAGAACAAGGGUCUAGUGAACACAAUGAAAAAAUGUUAGAGGACGCAUUUAGUUUAUUAGCAUAUUCGAAUCCGUGGGCGAGUCCCGUAGGAUGGCAGUUAGAUCAUGCCCAACGGGAAUCCGUCUGUGCUUCCCUUAAUUCUGCCAUUUUAGAGUCACAAAAUAAGCCUCGAAAGCCACCAUUAGAAGUAGCAAUGGCGCAUGCGCAAGAACUGGUGCGCCUCAUGUCCAGCUCUGGACUCGGCUCAUGUGCCUUUGCCUCAGUAUCAGAUCUCAUGGAACACUGACAUCUCUUUUUGCCCUAUCUACCUGUACUGGCACACUGACCACCAUCCUCUCAACGGGCAACAUCGCUUGGCUCAGAGAACGAUUAUAGCUUGCCAGUUUGUAUUUUGUUAAACAGUCGAGUAACUGUGAUGCUUUAGUGAGUGGUUAACAUUUUUGGAAUUGUAUGAAUCUGCCUGCAUUAUUUUUAACACUCUUAACCUACUUAUUUGGAUCAUAUUAUGCCAUAUUUUGUUCUGUAGUUCACUACUUGUGAUUUUAGGUUAUGUAUUUUAAACCGCAUGCAGGCAGCUUAUGAAAAUAAUAUUUGUCACAAAAGAUUGUACCUCAUUAAAUUUUUGACUUAAAAUUUUAAUUAAUUUGUUUAAUUAUGUUGUGACAAAUGUAAUAUUUUUGGGUAUCUGCAAUGUUAUAGUCUACUGUUUGUAGAUCAAGUCUAUGUAGGUUAAGGAAUGUAUUUAACUGGUCAGUUGCUUGGAGUAAUUUCUGGAAAAAUCAGAAAAAUGUCGUAAGGGUAAGAGUUAUUUUUUAAUGGUUUAUUUGAGAGGAAGUCGGCGUUUCAUUUUAAAUGUUAUGUUGAUUUUGUGCCCGCUUGUGAUAAAUUAAAAUUUAUUGCAAGCGUACUAUUUCACCAUUGUUCUUGACGCAAAAAAAUGUUCCAACUACACAAAAUCAAUACUAACAAAUUCUAUAUCGAAAAAGUUAUUAAAUUUCAGAGUGGGCGUUGUUAUAUAUAAUUAUUCUUAAUUUUUUUUGAAUGAAAAGUGUUUUAAUAAAUGAUUUUUAAUGUA